AUGAAGGUCCGUCGCCAGUCCGCGCGCUCAUUGUUAGCCUGGGACGAAAUACUGACAGCGUCUCAGUUCCGAAGGUCGAGGCAGAGCAAAGAGGCAGAACCUAGAGCGCAUCACAUCUCAAUACCCCAGAAAGACGCGAUAUCGAUUGUGCCGCCGAAGAAGGUUAUAAAGGCUCUUUACGACUAUCAAGCGCCUGAUUCGAACCCCGCGUCCGGCUACCUCUCCUUCUCUCAAGGCGACUUUCUUCACGUUGUCGGGCGAGAAAACGAUGAGGACUGGUAUGAGGCGUGCAAUCCCUUGCAAGCCACCCGCGGACUUGUGCCGGUGAAAUACUUCGAAGGAGUUGGAAAGACCGUGAGGGACAGCGGUGGAUCGUCAGCAGGUUCAGCAAGAGGUAGCGUUCAGCCGAACGCGGGACACGAUUCUGGGUAUGCGGAAAGGGCUACGAUCAGCAGCAGCACGAAUGGGACGGACUCAGAGCCAAAGCCGAUGCGCAUGUCAAGAAGUAUGGCGAAAGGAGCUGGUGCGAUGGUCUAUGGGAUGGUCAUGUAUGACUUCAAGGCUGAAAGGCCAGAUGAGCUGGAAGCAAGAGAAGGCGAGGCUAUCAUUGUGAUUGCGCAGUCAAACCCAGAGUGGUUCGUCGCGAAGCCGAUUACGAGACUCGGCGGACCUGGCCUGAUACCUGUAUCGUUCAUCGAAAUCCGAGACAUGACCACCGGACAGCCAGUGGCAGAUCCGCAGGAGGCAGUGCGAAGAGCUGGUGUGCCGAAGGUGGAAGAGUGGAAGCAGAUGGCGGCAGACUACAAGAACGGCAGCAUUCCACUGGGCAAGCUUGACUCAAACACACCGGCGACGCAGCGUGGUACUGAGCGGAUGAGCGUGGGAAACAAGAGCCAAAGCGGAUAUCCAGCGAACGGACACGAUUCUGUACACUCGCAUUCUCGAACGGCAAGCACAUACCAGAACCAGGCUCAGUACCGUCAAUCCGUCCCGCAACUGCUCGCCCCCGUCCGCGCGUGCGUCCCCCGCUACUGCUUCGCCGACGACAUCUUCUGGUUCAUCAUCGAGUGCCAAAUGGAAGACGGCCGGCACUGGGAGCUAUCCCGACUCUACCAAGACUUCUACGACCUACAGAUCGCACUGAUCCAAGAAUUCCCGCUCGAAGCCGGCAACUCGGGUGUCGAGCGCUCGCUGCCCUACAUGCCGGGCCCCGUGACCUACGUCACGGACAACAUCUCCAAUGGCCGGCGAGCAAAUCUGGACGUCUAUAUCAAGAACCUGCUCAAGCUGGGCCCGCACAUCGUGCAAGGCCAUCUCGUGCGGAAAUUCUUCGCGCCACGACAAGGCGACUACGAAAUCGACCCCGACGUCGCGGCCGCAGACGGCUACCGGCUGUCCUCGGCCUCGCAGUCCUCGACCGGGCCCUCGAACGGCGCAUCCCGUCAGUCCUCAUCCGGGAAUCUGAGCCAGCAGCCCAGCUACAGCUCAAACACAGCAUACCACCAGCGCGGCGCGAGCUCGAGCACGGCGCAGACGGCGCACUACCGCCAACCGUCCGACGCGCUCCAGACGCCCAUGCAGCCGCCCAUGCAGCGCCAGAACAGCGCGCUCACGCAGGCGAGCGCGGCUAGCAGCACGAACAGCAGUCUCCCCGCCCCCUCGGCUGCGCAGGGCGCGCCGCACAAGAUCAAGGUGUGGUUCGACACGGAGAACUGCAUCGUUGUGCGCAUGCCGGCAGGGUUCGGGUACGCGGAUCUGUACAAGAAGCUGAGGGAGCGGCGGGUGCUGGAACGGCCGGGAGAGGACGAGGAGGAGGAGUUUGGGGUCGAGUAUAGGGAUGAGGUUGAGGGGGAGUUUUAUCGCAUCGAGGGCGAGGAGGACUUGAGGAUUGCGCUGGAGAGGAAUCCGAAACUUACGCUUAAUGUUGUUGCGGUGACUUGA